ACUUGUGUGUGGUAUUGACUGGCGAGCAGCAAGCAGUAUUGUAACAGUGGCUCAUGCUCGUAAGGUGGUAGAAGGCGGCUAGUUGAAGACACAGUAGUGGAUACAGUGGGUUUAAAACAUAGCUGAGAUAUCACCACUUGCUAUCAGCUGGACCUUACAAUGGAUAGAUCUAUACCUGGUGUAUUUAUUUGGUCAAUAGGAUUUAAGUGUUCGCUGAUGCUUCCGUGUGUCCAGGAAUUAAUUGGAUAUUAAUUUAUUAAUUUUAUUAAAAUAAUAAACUGAUUUUUAAUUAGAAAACUCUAUUUUAACAUGACCGGUCAGGUUUUAAUAAAUGUUGACAAUGACAUUUUGUGAUGGUGAAUAAAUGAGUGGUAUAAAAAAUGCAAGAAGGUUUAAUAGCGAUAUGUAUUGGAAGAUAACAGUUCCGUAGUGGAUUUAAUGGGAAGUGGUCCAAUCUGUUGUGUUUCUGGAAUUGCUUGAAGAGCUUUGUCUGGUCAUAGUGUCCCUGGUGUCAUGGCAAAGCUUCAUUGCCUCACCUCAUAAUGGUAUCAGCCGAUAGAUAAAGAAGUAUAGACAAUCAAUCGGGGAUGCUACAAUAUUAAUAUACAUCCAUAGGUGAAUGAGGAACACGAAGUCGGAUGUUAAUUAACAUAACAUAUCAUAUUUGUGAAAAAUUUGAUAAGAUUGAACAUUAUUGGUUAAUUUGAGAUCUUUUUUUUUAUGUGGACACAUUGUGAAGAAUUUGGGCUAUUGAUAAAUUGUUUAUAAACUUGCAAAUUAAAGGGCGAAGAAAUUGUUAAAUGGAUGGAGAGGUGUGAAUGGAAAGCAAAUUUUAUGAGCUGAGCUUCAAAGAGCUUUUGCAGAUGUUGGGCAAUAUUUUAAUUUGGGGUAUAAGUAUAAAAUAGUCUUAAGUUUUAUAUAUUGCAAUUAGUGGCGAAAUAUGUAUAUAUCUUUUUAACCAGUUGUCACUUUUACACAGUGUGCACAACUUUGUAAAUAUUUCCAAAACAAUACAAAAAUAUUAUACCUGACAAUUACAGCUGCGGAAGAACAUUUUAAAACAAAAAUGAAUUUAAAUUUCUAUUUGAAAUAAAUGUAUCUAUAGAAGUGAGAAAUAUGUAUCCUGUUUUAUGUUAAAUGAGUUUAAGAUGUGAAAUGAAGAAAUCAACAUUGCACGGAGGAAUUUAUUUACUUGCACUGGCAAACAUCAUACUUGCGAAUUAUGAUUUUAAGGACUUUACAGGACCUGAUUUCUGGGAUGACAUUGGCCAGGGAAAGAAUCAAUCGGGAAAUGUCAAGCUCGAUGUGCCGAUGCAUAAUGAGACACGCUACCGUAACGACAAUUUGCGGCUGCGAUGCGAGAUCACGGGAUACCCGAUACCGAAGUAUCAGUGGUUCAAGGACGAGACUGUCUUGAGGAACAAGGACCGCGUCAGCAUCAAGAUCACCCCAUGGGGAUCCAGGUUGCGCAUCAAAAAUCUUACUCCUGAAGACAGCGGAACAUACGGCUGCAGAGGUUGGAACAAUCAUGGUUCAGUGAACACGACCGGAUAUGUACUUGUCAAGUCAGAGGUAGCCCCGGACAACACAGAUGAUGAUUAUGAUGACAGUGAUGUUCAGAUGCCAGUGUUUCCUGGCAAGGAUCCUGGAGGGGAGAAGAUCCAUGAUGGGGACAACAGCUUUGGAGGUGGAUGGGACAAAAAUCAAUGGAAAACCCCUGGAGGAGACAUUGACUCACCAUCGAACGAGCAGCAGAAAGCAUUCUGUCAGCUACACCGCAGCACAGUGUGCGCAACCCACGUGGGAAACAAGACAAUUCAUGUGACAUCUCGCUACGCACAGGGCCUACGUGAGGACAGGGUCGUCACUGCACUUGGCGUGAUUGGGAACUCUAAUGACCUGUCCGAGAGUUGCGGAAAAUACGCAAUCCCGUCGAUCUGCCAUUACUCGUUCCCACAGUGCGAAGAAGGUUCCCAGGAUGCACAGCCUCGAAUGAUCUGCAAAGACGAAUGCGAGAUGCUUGAAAAUCAUAUUUGUCGUGAGGAAUACAUCACAGCUAAACACCAUCAAUUGAUAGACAAGAGCGUGCUGCCCAUCUGCCAGGACCUGCCUGAUUAUGGGACUCCAUGUAUUCGGGUUGGAGUGCCUGUGAAAGGGCAUGAUGAUAAGUGUUUCAAGGACAACGGGGCCGCAUACAAAGGGCAGGCCUCAAAGACCAAGAGCGGCAAACAGUGCAAGAACUGGAACUACAACCCUGAGUUCCCCAUUCAGAAGCCUAUGUUCAGUGAUCUUCUAGGUGACCACAAUCUGUGUCGGAACCCCAACGGUACAAUGUCUGGACCCUGGUGCUACACGGACAACAACUAUCGCUACAAGGAGCUCUGUGACGUCCCAGUGUGUGCAAGUGUGUCUUCCUCAAGCAACCUGGUUGUAAUCAUAGUGCCGGGGAUCAUCGUGCCCUUGCUGCUGAUCGGUCUUCUCGCAAUCGUCUGCUUCUGUCAGCGCUCCAAGAAAAACAACACUGCAAAAACAAAAACGGUCAACAUGAAGGCACCCAACAUGGAGAUGUGUCCCCUGAAUGCCAAGGGGCCCUCUCAGCGGGUCCGUGAAUUCCCGAUUGGGGCUGUGAGAUUUUUGCAAGAACUUGGUGAAGGGGCCUUUGGGAAAGUCUACAAGGGUGAGGUUCUUGGAAUGUUUGGCGAAAAUACAGUGUCAAAGGUGGCUAUAAAGACGUUAAAGGAAAACGCGGCACCUAAAGUGCAGAACGAUUUCCGACGAGAGGUAGACAUGAUGUCGGAAAUGCGACAUCCAAACAUUGUGUGCCUACUCGGCGUGGUCAUGAAACAGGAGCCAAUGUGUAUGUUGUUUGAGUUCAUGUCCAUGGGUGACCUGCAUGAGUACCUUAUCCAGCAUUCACCACACUCGGACAUGUCUGUGGUGUCUGAUGAUGACAGUACUGUGAGACCUAUCUUAGACUACGGCGACAUGCUUCACAUUUCGACCCAGAUCGCAGCGGGCAUGGAAUACCUUGCCAGUCACCACUUUGUGCACCGUGAUCUGGCCGCUAGAAACAUUCUUGUUGGGGACAAUCUCACCGUGAAGAUAUCCGACUUCGGCUUGUCUCGAGAUAUUUACUCAUCUGAUUACUACAGAGUGCAGACCAAGUCCCUGUUGCCAGUUCGAUGGAUGCCUCCGGAAGCAAUCAUGUAUGGGAAAUUCACAACAGAGAGCGACAUCUGGGCGUUUGGUGUAGUGCUGUGGGAGACUUUCAGCUAUGGUCUCCAGCCAUACUACGGCUUCUCCAACCAAGAGGUCAUCGAGAUGAUUCGAUCCCGACAGAUCCUGCCGAGUCCCGAGGACUGCCCUGCGCGCAUGUAUGGACUCAUGGUGGAAUGCUGGCAUGAGAUGCCCACCCGCCGACCGAACUUCCGCGAGCUUCACGGCCGACUGCGAGCCUGGAAGUGCGAGCAGAUGAUGCAGCAACCCCACUGGAGCCUCUCUCAGAGUCACUCGGCAAACUCGAGCUCUCAUCCGAGCUCACUACAGAGCGGACCUAGUCAGCAGGGGAGUACGGGCCCCAGCAACACCACGGCAAUGACGGGGCUCACGGGCAGCAGUAACAACUCUGACCCUGUAGUCCAGUAUGGACCCAUGGGACCCAUGCCCCCUGCCCCACCGCCUCUAAUCACCAUGCCGACAAAUCCUGGCUACAUCGGAGGCAAUCCCGGCCAUCAGCCGGUCACUGUGACAUUUCAAGGAAUGCCUACGCAGAAACAAAUCUAUAGUGCUUUAAACUCUAUACAGCAACAGAACAAUAAGAAUGCUAUGGGACAGCAGCCACCGUUGCAACAACACUUUAAUGGACCUGCAAAAAUAUCACCACCUGAAUCGGUUGCCAGUGGCUCGAGCUCUGGCUCUUCAAUGAACAAACUGAAAAUAGCGAAUUCUACAAACAGUGCCACAAUCUCUGCUCCUUCACCUCCGGCUUACACGGAGUGCAACCGCUUUAACAACUAUCUCUCUCAGAAUGCUUACAUUCCUAACUCCAGAACGGCGGAGAUCUGAGAUUUGUGAAGAAAAAUUGUGUUUACAUUUACUGCAUUUUCUGUUUUACAUUGGAAGGAGUUAAGUUAUUUAUUGUUUGCUACUUUUUUUAAUGUAUACGGUUUUUAGAUAUUUUUGUUUAACAUAUGUGUACAAAUUGGUGCAUAAUCAUUUUAACUUCACCGAACGUUUUAUGUUGGUACUGGUAAUAACUACCAGUAUAUAGAUGGCAUUUAUCCUGAAAGAAAAAUACUGCAUAAUGUUCAGAUGUUAUUUUCUUAAAAAAAUAUUAACUUGUUCUUGGCUUAAUUUAUUUUGUGUCUGUCAGCAGUAUCGUGAAUCAGUAUCAUUAAAGUUUAACAUUAAACAUAUUUUAUUUAAAUGAACAUGCUAUAAGUUUUCAUAUGAUUGAUGUGAUUAA